AUGAAUGCGGAAAAGGUGUACGUACUGAUAGUUCUUGGAGUUGAUUUGUUACUGUUGAGAACAGAUGGCGAGAGGCUAUGUUCGUGUUAUACCUUCAGCAAAGACCAAUGGUUAUGGACACAGGCAAGGGACAACUGUAAACGCAACAAUAAAAUACUCGCAGUGAUAGAAUCAGUGCAGGAAUGGCAAUUUAUUACAAAUGGGAUUCAAAAUAAAACAGGCACCAUAUCUGGUGAAUGGUACAUUGGUUUGAAAAAAAAUUUAACAACGCAGAGAUGGAAUUGGAUCAAUGGUAAACCUUUGACCAUUGACAAAUGGCAUGAUAAAGGCAUAAAUCCUGACCCAAAGGACUCUUACGGGAUAAUUCAUGAGGAUUAUCCACCUGGAUUCAAAGGAUCACUCAGCACCGUUAAGGGCGACCAACCAAGAGGAUGGAUUUGCGAGAAUGAAACAGUUCCAACUAGCACAAGUAUUGGCGGAACAUCAACUUGGACAAAAGCUGUUACCACACAAGGCAAGACGUCAACUGAACAGGAUAUCACUGCUGUAUCACUGUUGCUGACGGACAAGGGUUCCUCGACUUCCACCUUACCACUUGUUACAAAUGUCAGUGACCUAAAUUGCAAGAGUGACAACGACUACUUCACCCUUUAUCUGACAAUCGCUAUUUUAGCAGGAUUGUUGUUUAUAAUAUCGAUAAUCCUUUUGGGGGUUUUGAGACUGCAACGAAAGAAACAACAACAAACAGAUUCAAGAAAUAAAGCUGUUGUAGGGAGUCAACAUGACUUCGAAGAAAGUUUUCCAUUGAAUGCUUUUAAUUUAGGUGCACAGCAUGGCUUUGCGGUGGGAAAUGAGAGAAACCAAAAUGAACCGUUUGUCCAACGGGAGGGUUUAUAUACCGAGCUGUGUUCAGAGACAAUAAUGACCUCUGAAGACGAUGGUUCCCGAACGUACACUUCCCUUGUGAAAUCAACAGAGGAAGACAGCGACAUUGAAUAUGAGAAUCAAAUAUCUGCUCCUGAGUAUAUUAACGCUUAACUUGAUUGUUCAUAAGACGGUUAGCCGGCUAAUCAUCUAAAAUGCUGAAGUAAACAAAAUAUCGCUGGAGUGUGUCUUCUCAAAGCCAUAAACGAAAAAACCAACAAUUUUUCUCAACAAUGGCUUAGUUUAAUGGUUUGGGCAACCCUGUCCUUGAACUAUGUUCUCUGUAAACGAAAUGUAAAAUAUACUUUUAGCUCAUAUAAGCAGUCUCCUCUCUGCACGCUCGCCAUUAAAAUGAUA